ACAAAAUUGAUAUCUAUCUUAUUUAUUGUUUUUAUUCUUAGAUUUUAUUAAUAGCAAACAAACCAAAGAAAAUUUAAAAAUAAAAAGAAUCUAGUAGAUUGAACACUAUGGGGAAAAUUUGCUCGCUAGUUGUAUCACUUUUCGUUAUUGCUCUUUUGUUUGUAGGAAGCUUUCUUCUAAACUAAUAAAAGUAUAAUAUAAUGGAGCCGUUUGAGGAUUACAUCAAGUUUAAUAAGUUUGUUCGAGAUGCAAAUGAUUUAAAUUAUUUUUUACAUGGAUACUUUAUUUUCACAGAUUAAAAUAACUUUGAGAGUAUAGAUAAGUAGCUUGAAAAUUCUAAUAUUACAAGACCAAAAAUUACAGACUAUUAUGUAGAAAAAAUUAAAAAUAGCAUUAAUGAAUAAGAUAGUGAUUAAUUUUUUAAAUGCGAUAGAUUUAGAACUGUGAUUCUUGAAUUAGAUACUGAUAAGAUAAAUGACUUGUUUAACACUUUAAAUUAUGAUUUCAACUCUACUAAAAAUGCCACAGAAUAAAAAAUAGCUCAAAAGUUAUUUUAGUUUUCUAAUUAAACAGCAGUUGCUUUGAGUUCUGCUGAUGAAAAAGCCUUUGAUAUUUUUACUUAUGAAAUUGAAAGUAAAUCUUACUAAUAAUGGAUUGUAGUAGUGCUUGUAUUUUCAGUGUUAUUCUUGCUAAUUUUCUAAUGUGCUUUUGUCCCCAUUACUUAUGAUGUUUACAGAGACAGAAACAAAAAAUCAAGAAGAAAAGAAGCUCGUAUGAGUAAAGAAACGUUUUAUAUUCACUUGAUCUUACACGUCAUAACUAAUAUAAUUAUAAUCGUAUUUAUUAUACUGUUUUACAAUACUGUUAAUGAUUUCUAUGAUAAAACUGGAAGAAACUCAUUUGAUUUGCUGAAAUAUACUAAAAAAUAUUAUUUUUCUUUGCGUGCUUUACAGUCAGAAGAUUUAAUUCAUGUAUUUAAUACCACGGAUGGAUAAAAGCCAACGAAUAUUACAACAAAUAAAUCUAGCUUUACUGAUUCAAUUAAAUAUCUCCAAAACUCGGGCUAAUUGAAAAUUAAAUUUCCUUAUUUAAAAGAGCUGCAUUAAAAAUAUUUAUAUAAUGUAAAGUGCAGUGAUUAAAUAAUAUCUGAAAAUGAAAUAUCAUUUUCACUAUGUGAAAAAUAUUCUAAAAAUAAUCAUGAAGAAAAAUUAAAUUUAAGAUAUUAGUCUCCAACUAAAGUUAAUUCUCUUAACAACAUUAUAUAUGAAGAAAUAUUUGAAGAAAAUUUAAUAUUUGAUCAUUUUUAGAUAGAGUAUUGCCACGAUAUCAUCAGAUAAGUUAAAGACAUUAUGGAAGAAUAUAUUUCAACUAUUCAGGAGUCAGUUCUACUAUUUUUGUUUUAAUUUUUUGUUUGCAUCGGAUUCCUAUUUAUCUUUUGGGUUCCCUUCUUUAAGGAUAAAUCUUCAUAUAAAAAAGAAGCUAGAAGAUUUGAAAUGGUAAAUUAAAUUUGAGUUAAAUUAAGAACAAAACAAAAAAUUGUUUACUAAAUUUGUAAAAUUAUUUACAACAAUAUUGUGAUUUUU